AUGGGAAAUAGUUGUAAAAAAAAUGUUCGAAUUAUGAAAAAUAGAAGUUUUCCAAAAGGUAUUAACAAUUGUUUUUAUUUCGAUGAUGAAAAUAAUAAUAGUUUGAAUCCUCAAAAGGCCUACAUUGACUUAUGUGAUAAAAAAAUUAACAAUUAUGAGAAUUUUGAAAGAAAUAAUGAAAGCAAUUUAUAUUUAGAUAAAGACAAAAAAGUUAAUAGAAAUAGUUCUAUUAUAUAUAUCGAUGAAUUAUAUAGUAUAUUAGGGAAUGAAGAAAAAAUAAGAUUAAAAAAAUUGGAUAAUUCGGAUGCUGAAGAAUUUUUAAUAAUAAAAAAACAUAUUAAAUACAAAAAAAAAAAAAAAAAUAGGGAUUGUAAUGUGUAUAAUAUUGACAGUUAUAGCACUGAUAAGUAUAAUAUGUUGAGGAAUAUACAUAGUGAUAAUAAUAAUAAUAAUAGAAAAAAUAAUAAAUUGAUGAAAAAUGGAAUAAAAAAAACGAAAGAAAAAUGUUCAAAAGAUUUAUUAUAUUAUGAAAAUGAUAAUAAAAAAACGAAGAAAAAAUCGAAUUUUAAAUUGGACGAUAUAGAAACAUGUUGUAGUUCAUCAAAUGAGAGUAAACAUGAUAAAUUUGUGAAAGAUAAAAAAUAUGAUAUAUUUGAAGAGGAUAGAAUAUUUUUGUUAAAAAAAAGGCGUGAAGAAAUGAACCAAAAAGAUAUAAAUUCUAGUUAUAUUAAUAAUAAAAAAAAUACAUACCAAAAUAAUAGCAUAUAUAGGGGUGAUAAUAAUGAUUUAACAAUUUUGGACACAUUCAAAAAAUAA